GGGGGAAACGCGGAAGUUUCCAGCGCCCGCGGACACGCAUGAGGCCGGAGCCCGGCGGGGCGCGCGCUGCAGCGGCCCCGGGAGCCGGCGGGCGGCGGCCGGGCCAUGGCCACGCUGCCCAGCGCCGAGCGCCGCGCCUUCGCGCUCAAGAUCCACAGGUAUUCUUCAGCAGAAAUAAGGAAACAAUUUACGCUGCCACCAAAUCUUGGCCAGUAUCAUCGACACAGCAUUAAUACCUCUGGCUUCACUUCUCUUCAGCUACCUCAGUUUUAUGACCCGGUGGAGCCCGUGGACAUUGAAGGACUGCUCAUGACACACUUGAACAGCCUGGAUGUGGAGCUCACUCAGGAACUGGGAGGUCUCACUGAAGACGACUUGGUCGUGGUCUUUACGCCAAAGGAAUGUCGGACUUUGCAGCCCUCUUUGCCGGAGGAAGGGGUUGAACUGGACCCUCAUGUCAGGGACUGUGUUCAGACCUAUACUCGUGAGUGGCUAAUUGUGAACCAGAAAAACCAAGGAAGCUCGGAGGUCUGCGGUUUUAAAAAGACUGGAUCCCGAAAAGAUUUCCACAAGACGCUUCAGAAGCAGACCUUUGAGUCGGAAAUCUUGGAGUGCAGUGAACCCAGCGUUAAGGCCAGCCCCCGCCACGUCAGCGUGCUGUGUGAUGUGUCCGGGAAAGGGCCCCUCACGGCCUGUGGCUUCGACCUGCGCAGCCUGAAGCCCGAUCAGCGGCUGGACAAACUCCUACAGCGCGUGAGCUCUGAGGACUUUGAGAAGCAGAAUGAGGAGGCCCGGAGGACCAAUCGUCCAGCUGAGCUCUUUGCCCUUUAUCCGUCCGUGGAUGAGGAAGAUGCUGUGGAAAUACGUCCGGUACCAGAAUGUCCUAAGGAACAUUUGGGCAAUAGGAUAUUGGUCAAGCUGCAAACCCUGAAGUUUGAGAUUGAAAUUGAGCCUCUCUUUGCCAGCAUUGCUCUCUACGAUGUUAAAGAAAGAAAAAAGAUCUCAGAAAAUUUCCAUUGUGACCUGAACUCAGAUCAGUUCAAAGGAUUCCUGCGUGCUCACACACCCUCUGUGGCUGCAUCAAGUCAGGCGAGAUCCGCGGUGUUCUCUGUCACCUUCCCAUCCCCGGACAUCUACCUGGUCAUCAAGAUUGAAAAAGUCCUCCAACAGGGAGAGAUUGGAGACUGUGCAGAGCCCUAUAUGGUCAUCAAAGAAAGUGAUGGUGGAAAGAGUAAAGAAAAGAUUGAAAAACUGAAGCUUCAAGCUGAAUCCUUUUGCCAACGUUUGGGAAAAUACAGGAUGCCCUUCGCCUGGGCUCCCAUAAGCUUAGCAAGCUUCUUUAAUGUUUCCACCCUGGAGAGGGAGACGACGGACGUAGAGUCCACAUUUGGGAGAAACUCUGCAGGCGAUCGGAGAACGCUGAGCCAGAGUCGGAAGCUUUCUGAGAGAGCUCUCUCCUUGGAGGAGAAUGGACUCGGCUCCAACUACAAGGCCACCACCAUGACCCUUAACAGCUUCUUUAAGCAGGAGGGAGACCGUCUCAGUGAUGAAGACUUGUUUAAGUUCUUAGCCGACUACAAAAGGUCCUCGUCCUUGCAGAGGAGGGUCAAGUCUAUCCCAGGCGUUCUCAGACUGGAGAUUUCCCCGGCUCCAGACACCCUCAGCUGCUGUCUGACUCCUGAAAUGCUGCCAGUGAGACCCUUUCCUGAAAAUCGGACGAGGCCCCACAAAGAGAUUUUGGAAUUUCCCAUCCGGGAGGUGUAUGUCCCCCAUACUGUGUACAGAAAUCUUCUCUACGUCUACCCACAGAGGCUGAACUUCGCUAACAAACUAGCAUCUGCCCGGAACAUUACAAUCAAGAUCCAGUUUAUGUGUGGAGAGGACGCGAGCAGCGCAAUGCCGGUCAUCUUUGGAAAAUCCAGUGGGCCUGAAUUUCUGCAAGAAGUGUACACAGCUGUUACGUACCAUAAUAAGUCCCCUGACUUCUACGAAGAAGUGAAAAUCAAGCUCCCUGCAAAACUCACGGUGAACCACCACCUCCUGUUCACUUUCUAUCAUAUCAGCUGUCAGCAAAAGCAAGGCUCCUUGGUGGAGAGUCUCCUGGGAUAUUCUUGGCUGCCAAUUCUCUUAAAUGAACGUCUUCAAACUGGAUCCUACUGCCUCCCAGUUGCCCUGGAAAAGCUGCCGGUCAACUACUCCAUGCAUUCUGCAGAGAAAGUCCCCUUACAGAACCCUCCCAUUAAGUGGGCUGAAGGACAUAAGGGAGUAUUUAAUAUUGAAGUACAAGCUGUUUCGUCCGUUCACACCCAGGACAACCACCUGGAGAAGUUCUUCACCCUGUGCCACUCGCUGGAGAGCCAGGUCACCUUCCCCAUCCGCGUGCUGGAUCAGAAGAUCAGUGAGACGGCCCUGGAGCACGAACUGAAGCUCAGUAUCAUCUGUCUCAACUCCUCCCGCCUGGAGCCCCUCGUGCUCUUCCUGCACCUCGUGCUGGACAAGCUCUUCCAGCUGGCCGUGCAGCCCAUGGUCAUCGCCGGCCAGACAGCCAACUUCUCGCAGUUUGCCUUCGAGUCCGUGGUGGCGAUCGCCAACAGCCUGCACAACAGCAAGGACCUGAGCAAGGACCAGCACGGGCGGAACUGCCUGCUCGCCUCCUACGUGCACUACGUCUUCCGCCUGCCCGAGCUGCACCGAGACCCGCCCAAGUCAGGAGGUCCCACGGCUUCGCCCGACCCCCGCUACCACACCUACGGGCGCACGACUGCGGCGGCCGUGAGCUCCAAGCUGCUGCAAGCCCGCGUGAUGAGCAACAGUAACCCCGACCUGGUGGCCCCGCACUCGGCAGCCGACGAGGAGGUAAAGAGCAUCAUGUCCUCCAAGGCGGCUGAUAGGAACUGCAACCGGAUGUCUUACUACUCCUCUGGCAAUAAUGAAGUUCCCAGUUCCAGUGCAACCCCAAGACCCGUCAGCAAAAAGCACUUCCACGAAGAGCUGGCCCUGCAGAUGGUGGUGAGCACGGGAAUGGUGAGAGAGACUGUCUUCAAGUACGCCUGGUUCUUCUUUGAGCUGCUGGUGAAAAGCAUGGCCCAGUAUGUACAUAACAUGGACAAACAGGACAGUUUUCGGAGGACGCGAUUCUCUGACCGCUUCAAAGACGACAUCACCACCAUUGUUAACGUGGUCACCUCGGAGAUCGCUGCCCUUUUAGUCAAACCUCAGAAGGAAAGUGAACAGGCAGAAAAGAUGAACAUCAGCCUGGCUUUCUUCUUGUAUGACCUUCUCUCCCUCAUGGACCGAUGCUUUGUGUUCAACCUCAUCAAGCAUUAUUGCAAUCAGUUGUCAGCCAAGCUCAACAGCCUUCCAACACUCAUUUCCAUGAGACUGGAGUUCCUGAGAAUUCUCUGCAGCCACGAGCAUUAUCUCAACCUCAACCUCUUCUUCAUGAAUGCUGAUCCAACGCCAGGGUCUCCCUGCCCUUCCAUAUCCUCUCAGAACUCCAGCUCCUGCUCCAGUUUCCAGGACCAGAAGAUCGCCAACAUGUUCGACCUGACGUCCGAGUACCGCCAGCAGCACUUUCUCACUGGGCUCCUCUUCACCGAGCUGGCCGCUGCGCUGGACACAGAGGGGGAUGGGAUCAGCAGAGUGCAGAGGAAAGCGGUCAGCGCCAUCCACAGCCUGCUCAGUUCCCACGACCUGGACCCGCGCUGUGUCAAGCCAGAGGUGAAGGUCAAAAUUGCGGCCCUUUACCUGCCUCUGGUUGGCAUCAUUUUGGAUGCUUUGCCGCAGCUGUAUGAUUUUACAGCAGCAGAUGCCCGCGGUGGUAAAAACCGCGCCAGUGGCUCAGAGGAAGAACAAGACGGAAGCAGCGCAAUCAACCAGAACGUGGCUCUGGCCAUUGCCGGCAAUCAUUUUAAUCUGAAGACGAAUGGACUCACCCUGUCUUCCUUGCCCUACAAGCAGUACAACAUGCUCAACGCAGACACCACCCGCAACCUCAUGGUCUGCUUCCUCUGGAUUAUGAAAAACACGGACCAGAUCCUCAUCAGGAGGUGGAUUGCAGACCUGCCAUCCAUGCAGCUCAACAGGAUCUUAGACCUGCUCUUCAUCUGUGUCUCGUGCUUUGAGUACAAAGGAAAGCAGAGUUCUGACAAAGUCAGUACCCAGGUGCUGCAGAAGUCCCGGGACGCCAAGGCCAGGCUGGAGGAGGCUUUGCUGCGUGGGGAAGGAGCGCGUGGGGAGAUGAUGCGACGGCGGAUCGUAGCGAAUGACCGAUUUCAAGGACUGAAUGAAAAUUUGAGAUGGAAGAAAGACCAGACACAAUGGCGACAAGCUAACGAGAAGCUAGAUAAAACAAAGGCUGAGCUAGAUCAAGAAGCCUUGAUCAGCGGUAAUCUGGCCACAGAAGCGAAUUUAAUCAUUCUGGAUAUGCAGGAAAACAUUAUCCAGGCCAGCUCUGCUCUGGACUGCAAAGACAGUCUACUGGGAGGUGUGCUCAGGGUUCUGGUGAAUUCUCUGAGCUGCGAUCAGAGCACCACCUACCUGACUCACUGCUUUGCAACACUCCGUGCUCUCAUUGCCAAGUUCGGAGACCUGCUGUUUGAGGAGGAAGUGGAGCAGUGUGCCGACCUGUGCCAGCGAGUCCUACACCACUGCAGCAGCAGCAUGGAUGUGACCCGGAGCCAAGCCUGUGCGACCCUCUACCUCCUCAUGAGAUUUAGCUUCGGAGCUACCAGUAACUUUGCAAGAGUCAAGAUGCAAGUGACCAUGUCUUUGGCAUCAUUAGUGGGAAAAGCACCAGACUUUAAUGAGGAGCAUCUGAGAAGGUCCUUGAGGACGAUUUUGGCCUACGCAGAGGAGGACACGGCCAUGCAGCCCACUCCUUUCCCUGUCCAGGUGGAGGAACUUCUCUGCAAUCUAAAUAGCAUCUUAUAUGAUACAGUAAAAAUGAGGGAAUUUCAGGAAGAUCCUGAGAUGCUUAUGGAUCUCAUGUACAGAAUCGCCAAGAGUUACCAGACAUCCCCCGACCUGCGACUGACCUGGCUCCAAAACAUGGCAGAGAAACACACCAAGAAAAAGUGCUACACGGAGGCCGCCAUGUGCCUGGUACACGCGGCCGCCUUAGUGGCCGAGUAUCUGAGCAUGCUGGAGGACCACAGCUACCUGCCCGUGGGCAGCGUCAGUUUCCAGAAUAUCUCUUCCAACGUGCUGGAGGAGUCUGCGGUCUCUGACGACACCCUGUCUCCUGACGAGGACGGCGUGUGCUCGGGCCGCUACUUCACCGAGAGCGGCCUGGUGGGCCUCCUGGAGCAGGCGGCCGAGCUCUUCAACACGGGAGGAUUGUAUGAGACGGUUAACGAGGUCUACAAGCUGGUUAUCCCCAUCCUGGAAGCGCACCGAGACUUCCGGAAGCUCACCUCCACUCACGACAAGCUGCAGAAGGCCUUUGACAGCAUCAUCAGCAAGGGCCAUAAAAGAAUGUUUGGAACUUAUUUCCGAGUUGGUUUCUAUGGAUCCAAAUUUGGGGAUUUAGAUGAACAAGAAUUUGUUUACAAAGAACCGGCCAUUACCAAGCUUCCAGAGAUCUCCCACAGACUAGAGGGAUUUUAUGGACAGUGUUUUGGUACCGAAUUUGUAGAAGUGAUAAAAGACUCUGCUCCUGUGGACAAAACCAAGUUGGAUCCUAAUAAGGCCUACAUACAAAUCACGUUCGUGGAGCCCUACUUUGAUGAGUAUGAGAUGAAGGACCGGGUGACCUACUUCGAGAAGAAUUUCAACCUGCGAAGGUUCAUGUACACGACGCCGUUCACCCUGGAGGGGCGGCCACGGGGGGAGCUGCACGAGCAGUACCGGCGGAACUCGGUCCUCACCACCAUGCACGCCUUCCCCUACAUCAAGACCAGGAUCCGCGUGGUCCAGAAGGAGGAGUUUGUUUUGACACCAAUCGAAGUGGCCAUUGAAGAUAUGAAGAAGAAGACCCUGCAGUUAGCAGUCGCCAUUCACCAAGAGCCUCCUGAUGCCAAGAUGCUUCAGAUGGUGCUGCAGGGCUCCGUGGGAGCGACUGUCAACCAGGGACCACUGGAAGUAGCCCAAGUAUUCUUGGCCGAAAUUCCAGCUGACCCGAAACUUUAUCGGCAUCACAACAAAUUGAGAUUGUGCUUUAAGGAAUUCAUUAUGAGAUGCGGGGAAGCCGUAGAGAAAAACAAGCGGCUCAUCACGGCUGACCAGCGGGAGUACCAGCAGGAACUCAAGAAGAACUACAACAAGCUGAAAGAGAACCUCAGGCCCAUGAUCGAGCGGAAAAUUCCAGAACUCUACAAGCCCAUCUUCAGAGUGGAGAGUCAGAAGAGAGACUCCUUCCACAGGUCAAGUUUUAGGAAAUGUGAAACUCAGCUGUCACAGAGCAACAGCUAAGCAGGAACUCCCCCCGGCUCCUGGCGACUGCGGCCCCCACCCUGGAGAAGGCCUUGCUGGUACCGACAGCAGAAGACACUGGCCUCCCUUGGGCUGGCCGCUGGGCUCCUUGAGCAGAGAGCACUCCUCAUGCUUUGGGAUCCAAGGGACCACGGGAAUGACACCCAAGUGGGGUCUAGUCAGAUUUGGGUGGGUCAGAUUGGGGAGAUGACUCCCAAGGGAUGCCUGUAUAUUUAUUAAAGCACAUUUUUUUCCAUAAUAUUUUCCAAGACAUAAAGAGUCCUACGGGGGAGUCCACAUUCCCCUAUUGACCCUAGAGAUGACGUCGUCCUGUCCAGAUUUGACCUCAAGAGUAAACCCAUAUGGGAAAUAGAAUUCAUUGCAUUUUAGGGGGA